AUGCGUAAUUUGAUAACGCUGAACAAGGGUACAUUGAAGCCUGUGGGCUCAGCUGAGGAGCUAGACCUUGCCUUAAUGGAAAGUUGCUUUGAUACGUUGACUGAUAGUAUUACUUGUGUACUAGGUUCCAUGGAGGUGGGUAUGAUAGAAGUCCAACAAUAUACUAAGACUGGGAGCAAAAAUAUACUGGCAUCCUUCAAUAUCGAGACAUUUGAUGACGAAUUACUCUCUUUUAUUCAUUUUGCUGACAUGAACCAAUUGAUCUUUGUUUUUAGACAAGGUGAUAUUAUAUCUGCUACAUACGACCCAACAACGUUUGAUCCACAACUCACUGUUGUCGAGAUUGCAGGUUCAUUAGACGGUGGUAUCGAAGCUGCCGAAUGGUCCCUUGAUGAAGAGACUCUUGCUUUGGUGACUACAGAUCAUAAUAUGGUUUUAUUGAGUAAAAUGUUGGAACCAAUAUCAGAGUAUCACCUGAGUGCGGAUGACCUAAAGAUUUCCAAGCAUGUUACUGUCGGCUGGGGUAAGAAAGAAACUCAAUUCAGGGGUAAAGGUACUCGUGCCAUGGAAAGAGAUGCUCUUGCUAGUUUGAAGGCCUCGGGUUUAGUUGGUAACCAAUUAAGAGAUCCAACAAUGCCAUAUAUGGUUGAUACUGGUGAAAUUACAUCAUUGGACUCUCAUAAAAUUACUAUAUCAUGGAGAGGAGACUGUGAAUAUUUUGUCACGUCUACCAUCGAAACAGUUGAAGAUCCAGAUGAUGAGAGCUCUACUAUUAAGAGAAGAGGACUUAGGGUUUUUACACGUGAGGGUCAACUAGAUAGUGCAUCUGAACCCGUAACCGGAAUGGAGGGCCAACUAAGUUGGAAGCCUCAAGGUGCACUGAUUGCUUCUAUCGAACGUAAAGCUGACAGAGGUGAAGAUAACUCACUUAACGUUAUAUUCUUUGAAAGAAACGGGUUAAGACAUGGAGAGUUUGAUACAAGGUUACCUUUGGAAGAGAGAGUCCUCGAUCUUGCAUGGAAUAGUAAUUCUGAAAUUCUGGCUAUCCUUCUUGAAAAUAGAAUUCAGUUAUGGACAUCAAAGAAUUACCAUUGGUAUUUGAAGCAAGAAGUUUAUUCAGAUAAUAUUCUAUUUAUUAAAUGGCACCCAGAAAAAGAGUUUACCUUGAUGUAUGGUAAUAACAAAGAAAGUGUCAAUAUUGUAGACUUGGCCUACAAAAUGACACAAGGCCCAAUGCUGGAGCCAUUUGAUAAUGGGAAUAGUUUAGUUAUUGAUGGAACUACUGUCAAUGUAUCUCCGCUAGCUAUUGCAAACUGUCCUCCACCUAUGUAUUUCAGAGACUUUGAUGCGCCUAAUAAUGUAAUCGAUGUCACUGUUAGUUUGUCUAACGAAAUAUACGUUGCUAUUACGAAGGAUGAAUUGGUUUUGGCAACUAUUUUAGGUAUAGACGAAUUGAAGAAAGGAAACCACCCUUCCAUUGCAUGCAUCUAUCCUAAAGGAGAUUUCUCUAGCGAAUAUGAUUCUUUACGUCAAGUUGCUUUUAUCAAUGAUGCUAUCGUCGGUGUGCUGAUUGACUCUGAUAAUCUUUCAAGAAUUGUGCUGAUAAAUGUUCAAGAUGUCUCUGAACCUAAUGUUAUUUCCAUAGUAGAGGUAUACGAUAAGGUGAUCUUAAUGAGAAGUUCUUUUGACUAUAAUAGCAUUGUUUAUCAAACUAGAGAUGGGUCUAUAAUAGAGCUAAAUUCUGAAGGUGAAACCAAUAAUGUGACCCAAUUUCCUGAAUUGGUCCGUGAUUUUAGAUUUAAGAGAGUCCAUAACUCCCAUACCGCUGAUGAAGGUCAAUGGACUACAGAAAGCUCUGAAUUAGUUGCGUUUGGUCUAACGAACAACGGUAAAUUAUAUGCCAAUAAGACAUUGUUAACUUCAGCUGUUACAUCAUUGGAAAUUACUGACAAUUUCUUAUUAUUCACAACAGCUCAACACAAUUUACAAUUUGUUCAUCUUAACACAACAAAAUUCCAAGCAUUGCCUAUGGUCGAAAAUGACAUUGAAGAUGAGAGAGUUCGUGCUAUUGAAAGAGGUUCUGUCCUAGUUUCUACGAUACCAUCUAAGGCUUCGGUUAUUCUUCAGGCACCUCGUGGUAACUUAGAAACAAUAUAUCCAAGAAUAAUGGUUCUUUCCGAAGUUCGUAAAAAUAUCGUAGCAAAAAAGUAUAAAGAUGCAUUUAUUCAAUGUAGAACCCACAGAAUCCAUUUGGAUAUUUUGUAUGAUUAUGCUCCUGAAGUAUUUUUGGAAAACUUGGAUUUGUUUAUUCAACAAAUCGACAAUGUGGAUUAUCUGAAUCUGUUUGUAUCCUGUUUGACUGAAGAUGAUGUCACGGAGACCAAAUAUAAGGAAACCUUAAAUGUUGGUAUGUCUGAUAGUUUUGAAAUAACAAAAAAACCUCUAACUGAAAUGCAACAGUACAUACAAAAUAAAUUUUUUGAUUCUUCAAAGUCAAAGAUAAACAAAAUAUGUUCUGCCGUGCUAGAAGUGUUAUUGAAUAAUUCUGAAUAUAAGAAGAAAUAUAUGCAAACUAUCAUCACUGCGUACGCCACCCAGAACCCUCAAAACUUAGAAGAUGCAUUAACUCUAAUUAGUUCUCUAGAGGAUCCAAAAGAAAUGGAUUCUAGCGUUACCUAUUUAUGUUUCCUGCAAGAUGUGAAUUUAGUUUAUAAAGUUUCCUUAUCCCUGUAUGACGUUCAGUUAGCACUCCUUGUGGCCCAAAAGUCACAAAUGGAUCCUCGUGAAUACUUACCAUUUUUACAAUCGUUGCAUGAUAGUCAACCUCUGCGCCGUCAAUUUAUGAUUAAUGAUUACCUAAGUAAAUAUGAAAAGGCAUUAGAAGAUUUAGUGAAUUUAGAAAAGGAAGAUUCUACAGUUUCCGAAGAGCUAAUAAACUAUGUUAAAUUGCAUGAUCUUUAUGAACAUGCUUUAUCACUUUACCGUCAUGACAUAGAAAGACAAAAUAACAUUUAUGCGCAUUUUGCAAAACAUUUAAUAUCUAUACAACAGUAUUCCGACGCUGCUAUUAUUUAUGAGAUGCUCGGUGAUUUUACCGAAUCUAUGAAUGCCUACGUUUCUGGUAAAAGAUGGGAGGAAGCCAUUGAUAUUGCUAACGUACAUCAACCAGAUGCAGUGUCAAUAAUUGCUGAAGAAUUAGUGACAUCGUUGACUUUUGAACACAAGUAUAUCGAUGCUGCUCAAAUCGAGUUAAAAUAUCUGAACAAUACUGAAAACGCUAUGGAAUUAUACUGUAAGGCAUACUACUAUGCUUCUGCUAGUCUGAUAGCCUCUACAGCAAAAAAAACAGAACUAAUAGAGAAAAUUAUCGAUCCUGCCUUGGGCGAAGGAUUUGGUACAGUUGCUGAAUUGCUAGCAGAUUGUAAGAGCCAAGUAAACUCGCAAUUGAGAAGAUUAAGAGAAUUACGUACUAAAAAAGAGGAGGACCCGUAUGCUUUCUAUGGUCAAGAAACCGAACAAUCUGAUGAUGUUUCGAUUGCUCCGUCUGAAACAUCCACUAAAGAGUCAUUUUUUACAAGAUACACUGGUAAAACUGGAGGUACUGCCAAGACAGGGGCAUCCAGACGUACUGCCAAGAAUAAACGUCGUGAGGAACGUAAACGUGCCCGUGGUAAGAAGGGUACUAUUUAUGAGGAAGAGUAUUUAGUCCAAUCUAUUGGUAGAUUAAUCGAAAGAUUAGAACAAACAAAGCCUGACGCAACAAAGCUAGUGGAUGGUCUUUGUAGACGUAAUAAAAGGGAACAAGCGUACCAAAUCCAAAAAACCUUUACCGAAGUUAUGGACUUGUUAAGAGAUAAUGUAAAGGAAAUAUAUAACAUAAGUGAAAAAGAUAGAGAGAGAGUCGAUGAAAGCGGUGAGGUAUAUUACAUUCCAGAAAUUCCUGUGCCGGAGAUUAAAAGUUUUGAGAAGAACAAGAUCGUUGAUUUUUAG